AUGGCUAAAGAAAUGCUUAAUGUCGAUUGUGGUUUAUUUCAAGGAGUGGAUUGGGGUGAUAAUCACCGGAUUUAUUCAUUGUAUCCUGUUUCAUAUUUCAAUGAAAGACAUUCAUCUUAUUUAACAUUUAUUGGACAUAUCGUUGGAAAAGCCAUUUAUGAUAAUGCGUAUUUAAAUUGUACAUUUGCUCCCGUAUUCUAUAAACAGAUAUUAAGCUUACCGAUUGAAUACACGGAUAUGAAAUAUGUUGACAAAGAUCAUUUCGAUUCUUUACAACAAUUAUUAGACAAUGAUAUAGCCACACUGAAGUUGGAUAAUUUGACGUUUAGUUUUAACAGUGAAUAUGGACAAACGAAUGAUUUAUGUAAGGACGGAAGAAAUAUUCAAGUGACGAAUGAUAAUAAGCAAUGCUAUGUAAACUUGCUUUGUGAGUUUAAAUUAAAUCGACCAUGUAUUCGAAAACAAUUAACAGCGUUUUUGACAGGAUUCUAUGAUAUUAUACCAAAACACCUAAUUCAAAGAUUUAAUGAACGUGAAUUAGAACUAAUAGUAUCAGGCUUGGUGAAUAUUGACAUAGAUGACUUAAAGGCCAAUACAGAAUAUUAUGGAUAUCAACCAAAUUCUCCACAGAUCGUGUGGUUGUGGCGUACAUUGUAUUCAUUUGAUAAAUGUGAUCUAUCUAAAUUUUUACAAUUUGUCACUGGUACUAUCACUGUUCCGAUCGGAGGUUUUAAAGAAUUACAAGGUAUGGAUGAUGUACAAAACUUUCAGGUACACCGAAGAGAAGACUGUUCAACUGAUUAUUUACCAACUGCCUGUACGUGUAGAAAUCAACUUUCUUUACCCGUCUACGAAAGUUAUGAAAAAUUACGAGAAAAAUUAUUACUAGCAGUUCGAGAAUAUGAGGGCUUCGCGCCUGAAUAA